AUGCCAACUCUUAUACCGCGGGUGUUUCCUCUGUCCAGCCCUGACCCACUUUGUGCGGUCUCGACGAAGCAACGUAGAGCUGUUUUGGAUACCACCAGUUCCACUAGCGAGUCGGCAUUAUUGACGCUUUCGUCUUCCGUUCCAAUUUUGGGACUUCCCCCGCCUGAAGAGUCGUCGGUAAAGUUCACAUUGACAAUUACUGCAGUGGGUGUUACAUCUGCUAAUACAGCGGGAAGUACAAGGAGUACGAGCAGUACAUUGGGAAGUACAGCAAGCCGUACAUCGGGAAGUACAGCGCGCAGUACAUCGGGAAGUACAGAGAGCAGUACAUUGGGAAGUACAGCGAGCAGUACAUCGGGAAGUACAGAGAUCAACCCAAACCAAUUAGUGGAGCAGCACGCAAAACCUUCAAAGAUUAUCCCUAUCGCCGUGGGGAUUGCAGUCCCAGCAGUACUAGGCCUCUUGGUAAUCCUCCUGGUCUAUUGUAGACGACGCAAGCGGCAACUUACGGGGAAUGAUAGUCGUAUUGCCAACCCAUAUACCGAAUCUGUCACACAACCACAACCACCAAAAGCACUGAAAGCACCUCUACCUCCACCUCCUCCCGCUCCUCCUCCUCCUCCCAUAUCGCAACCCCUGGAUCCAUUUGAGACCGCACAAAGAUACAUUUACGUGCUAGAAGGCCAGAUAGAAACAAUGCGACGCGAGGUGGCAGCCUUAGCAACCACGACAAAUGCUGCACCAUCACAGGCCGGCCUAACCACACCAGAACCAUCUACUAUUGGCAAGCCGGAGCGGGUUGAAUCUCUCCCCAAGUACGAACCAGUAUAG